AUGAUUGUGGAUGAGUUCAGUGUCUCCUUUGAAAGUUUUGUUACACGUAUUACUGAUGGUACACGGACGUUGUCGUCUCCUCCAAUAUACAAAUUGGAAAUGCAGCAAUUAAAUGGAAUGUUGCUUACCUUGAAAGACACUGAGAUUGAACUUGCAACCGAACUGUCAAAAUGCAUCAUCCGGAAAUGUAACGGUAAAUUAUUUGAAUUUGUUAUACUGCUAGAUUUUAUUCAUGAUAACCUUGCAUGGUUUUUGAUAAAUUUAUACAUAAACAAAUUUGUGAGACUUGUAUACCCUGAGAUAAAGCUAUUCUGGCCCAUAUUAAACACCCUACGUGUAUACACCACUGAUAUCAAGGUACUUCAUGCACUUAUAGAGAAUUCUUUAGUUGAAAAAUCGACUAUUUCAUGGUUAACUUCUAGAAUAUUGCUACACAUAGUAGAAGAGGUAAGUGUCAGUGAUUUGGUAAAAGAGAAGAUAAACACCAAAGAAAAUGUCAAGAAGUUCAGAAAUAUUCUAAGAUUGAAUCAUGAUAUCACCACAGAACUAAAUCUAGUUCAACUAUUCGUAUCCUUGCAUUUGGAAAGUGUUUUCUUAAUAGACAUGGUUGUGCCUUAUGUUUCGUAUAUUCAAUCAAUCAAUUCCAAUUUUAAGAGAUUCAUUCCAUGUUCAACAUCCUCAAAGGACUCGUUGGCGUUAAACUGUACAAAUUGUUUUAUGCAACCUGUUGAUGGAUAUUUAUUGGUAUUGUGGUUCCAGUUAGAUAAGACCAAAAUAGACAUAUUCUAUAUUAAUCUAAUGACAUUGAAUUCAUUUAGGGCAUUACCAGAUGGUGUGAUUAGAUUAAAUUUCAAAUGUCACGAUAAAAGAAAGUUGCGUUCAGAUCCAAUGCUGGUUUACAAGUACAUGUCCAAGUUUUCCUUUCGAAAUGAUGCAACGGAGAUACCAAGCUCAACUAUUGAGUUUAAGUUGUCGCAUCAUGGGCAUUACAAUUGGCUUGUCGGUUAUUUAAAACGUAAUGUUCAACAUAGAAAAAUAUCCCUCAAUUCAACGAUGCAAGUACCUCUGAGUCAAAUGGAAGAAGUACAUGUUGAUUGUGAAAAACACUUGGUGCCUAUUGUUGCUAUUCAAAAGAGAAAAUUCUCCCAGUAUGGAUAUUUUGAUGAUGAUGAUGAUGAUGAUGAUGAUGAUAAUGGUGAUAACAGUGUUGUUCCGAAUAGCGUCAAAAGAAGAAAAACAGCAGCUUCUCUAGGUAGAAGUAGUAAUUCUUUGUUGAGUUCAAAUAUUCCUGAUGUAUCAAUGCAAGAAACUACCAAUGGGGGAAAUGAAACUUCCAUAUCAAGUAAGAAUGGUAUUUGUGACAAGGAUGAGCAAUUUUCAGAACAAAAUUUAUCUAUUGAUAUUAAUACAACUAUAUCAGAAGUCACAAGAGAUGAUGCUGAUCCAAAGAAUCUGCCUAGUGACUCGACAAUUAGCGAGCAGCAAACAAGUACUACUAUAUGCAUUAAUGAAAGUCUUAAAUUAUUUACUACAAGCUUAGUACUGAAAUUGCAAUUGCUAGAAUUAAGCAUACUGGAGAGGAAAAACGAGUUACAGCAACAACUUGACAGAGAAUUUGCAAAAAUUGAAAGUAUGCAAAAGGAAAAGUUAAAAGAAAUCAGCAAAUACGUAACUGAUGAAUUGAAUAAAUUUAUGUAG